AUGCAAUUUAGUUUUCGUACAUCUACCUCUCACACCUACCUCUCAACCUACCGUGAUUCCUCAAGGAAUACCAGCGAUGUUGAUCUUAUACCAACCGUUCAACCUGCGUUCAAGGAUCGUACCGACAUGGAUUUGCUCGAGAUCCUCAGACCCAACCUUAGUAAAGAGCUUCCAAUCCUGGAAAUCGAGUCUGUAGAAAUGACUUGCGUCUAUGAGCUGCGUGAAGUUCUCAAACGGCAUGCGAAAGAUAACUUCAAGAUGAGCGACGCGGGUGAAUCGAUUGAGGAUCGAGACGAGGUCGAAGAAGGUGCGGUCUUGGUUAGAUUUUGGGGUAUCGUAGGCGUAAUCGGGAAGAGUUACUGA